AUGCCUAAUGGUCCGCAAACGGCGACCGAUGCUACUGCAGUUGACGGCGGAUGGGCCGAUUGGUUCGAGUGGGGUGCGUGUUCCACCACAUGUGGCUCGGGCAGCAGGACGCGUGUCCGGAUAUGCACGAACCCCAAGCCCGCGUACGGCGGAAAUUUCUGUGAUGGCGAUUUUGAAGAAUUCUCCAACUGUUCCAUCAACCCUGACAUGUUAAAGUGCUCUAAGAAAGGCGCAUGGUCAAAUUGGAACGCGUGGUUCACGUGCUCUUCAACUUGUGGUAACGGCACUAAGACACGCUUACGGACGUGCGACCACCCUUUACCGAGCAAAGGAGCUCCGUACUGUCCGGGAAGUAACAACGACACGCGCGUAUGCACCGGGCCUGACUGUGCCGAGACACCAAACGUCACUAAAUCACAGACACCAAACGUCACUAAACCACAGACACCAAACGUCAUUAAACCAGAGACACCAAACGUCACUAGACCAGAGACACCAAACGUCACUAAACAAGAGACACCAAACGUUACUAGACCACUGACGCCAAACGUCACUAAACCACAGACACCAAACGUCACUAAAACACAGACACCAUACGUCACUAAACCAGAGACACCAAACGUCACUAAACCAGAGACACCAAACGUCACUAAACCACACACACCAAACGUCAUUAAUACACAGACAACACUCAUGUCUAAACCAGAGACACCAAACGUCUUUAAACCAGAGACACCAAACGUCUUUAAACCAGAGACACCAAACGUCACUAAACCAGAGACACCAAACGUCACUAAACCAGAGACACCAAACGUCUUUGAACCAGAGACACCAAACGUCUUUGAACCAGAGACACCAAACGUCUUUGAACCAGAGACACCAAACGUCUUUGAACCAGAGACACCAAACGUCACUAAACCAGAGACACCAAACGUCUUUGAACCAGAGACACCAAACGUCACUAAACCAGAGACACCAAACGUCACUAAACCAGAGACACCAAACGUCACUAAACCAGAGACACCAAACGUCACUAAACCAGAGACACCAAACGUCACUAAACCAGAGACACCAAACGUCUUUGAACCAGAGACACCAAACGUCACUAAACCAGAGACACCAAACGUCACUAAACCAGAGCCACCAAACGUCUUUAAACCAGAGACACAAAACGUCACUAGACAAGAGACACCAAUCUUCACUAACACAGAGACACCAAACGUCACUAAACCAGAGACACCAAACGUCACUAAACCAGAGACACCAAACGUCACUAAACCACAGACACCAAACGUCACUAAACCAGAGACACCAAACGUCACUAAACCAGAGACACCAAACGUCACUAAACCACAGACACCAAACGUCACUAAACCAGAGACACCAAACGUCACUAAACCAGAGACACCAAACGUCACUAAACCACAGACACCAAACGUCACUAAACCACAGACACCAAACGUUUUUAAACAAGAAACACCAAACGUCAUUAAAGCACAGACAUCAAACCUCUUUAAACCAGAGACACCAAACGUCACUAAACCACAGACACCAAACGUCUUUAAACAAGAAACACCAAACGUCAUUAAAGCACAGACAUCAAACCUCUUUAAACCAGAGACACCAAACGUCACUAAACAAGAGACACCAAACGUCACUAAACCACAGACACCAAACGUCAUUAAAACACAGACAACAAUCAUGUCUAAACCAGAGACACCAAACACACCAAACGUCACUAAACCACAGACACCAAACGGCACUAAAGCACAGCCAUCAAACCUCUUUAAACCAGAGACACCAAACGUCUUAAAACCACAGACACCAAACGUAUCCAAACCAGAGACACCAAACGUCACUAAACCACAGACACCAAAAUCACUAAACACAGACACCAAACGUCUUUCACUAAACGUCACUAAACCAGAGACACCAAACGUCACUAAACCACAGUCACCAAACGUCACUAAACCAGAGACACCAAACGUCACUAAACCACAGUCACCAAACGUCACUAAACCAGAGACACCAAACGUCACUGAACCAGAUAACUUAAUGCCACUAGCCAGUGUCACCCAACGUCACUUACAACAACACCAAACACGAGAUACACCAAACUACACCAAACCAGGGACACCUAACGUCACUAAACCAGAGACACCAAACGUCACUAAACCAGAGACACCAAACGUCACUAAACCAGAGACACCAAACGUCACUAAACCAGAGACACCAAACGUCACUAAACCAGAGACACCAAACUUUUUUGGCAGCCCCGAGCAGACCCGGGCAGCCCCGGGCAGCCCCGGGCAGCCCCAGGCAGCCCUGGGCGUUUUAUGUUUUCUGGCAGCCCCCAGCAGCCCCCAGCAGCCCCGGGCAGCCUGA